AUGUUGUUCGUGCGCCGUGCCGCGAUCCACAGCGCCUGCCGUUCUCCAGUUGUGCGAACUCUUUCGCACAGAUAUACAGGUAUCAAGGCAUUGUCGUUUAGAGCUCCGCAGGAACCCGUCGUAAUUGGCGAAGAAGUGGACGUUGAGUGCACUGCUGUUGCUUUCGGAGGGCGUGGGGUGUGCAAAUUUCCAGGAGGUUUUGUCAUUCUAUGCGAGCGAGCUGUGCCCGGAGAGAAGGUCCACGCGCGAAUUACGGCCAUAAAAAAAGGUGGACGCUACGCCGAGGCUGUCAAGAUUCAGAGAUUGCGACCAACCCCGUACCAUGUCAACGCUCCGUGCCCGCAUUUCGAUCGUUGCGGUGGUUGCACUUGGCUUGACGUUGCUUACGAUCAACAGCUUGCUUUCAAGCGUGAUCAAGUGGUGGACGUCAUGACCAGAAUCGCUAGAAUAAAUGAUGCGGAUCGGAUUGUGAAUGCGAUAUCACCUAGUCAGCAGAGAUUGCGCUAUCGUAACAAGAUGGAGUUCGCGUUUGCUCAAGUAGGGGACAACAGCAGUGGUCGCCCUGCGUUCGGCUUGAGACCAGCUGGUGACCACACUGGACUGGUUGAAGUUUUCACAUCAGGCUGUGUGUUGCAGCAAGUGGUCGCAGACAAAGUUCUCGCACGAUGUGCAGCACACCUGCAUGCAAUGGCAGACGUAUCUGCAUUGUUACCAGUGUUCAAUCGGCGGACUGGUUGUGGGGUACUACGAAGCCUGACACUACGUACAGCUCCUCUUGCAGGCAGGUGCAGUGGUGAAACUGCAGUGAUGGUAAUCAUAGCAGCAGCGUUGGACCGUCAAGGAAAAGAGACAAAGAAGGCAUUUGCAGCCCUAGCUGCAGACUUAGCUACCAUUGAUUGUGUGCAAUCGGUGGUUCAUGAGCGCGUUGGUGACAACAAUGAAAAUCAGAUCACGGUGUUACAUGGCCCAGCUACCAUCUCCAUUACCCUUCGCGGAGUUGUAUUUGCCUUAUCCGUGAAAUCGUUUUUCCAGACCAACACUAAACAGGCAGAAAUUCUAGUGGAGAGCGUGGAAGAAGCCUGCGCCCUUACUGGGGAAAAUACGGAGACAAUCCUCGAUUUAUUUUGUGGUGUCGGGACCUUCGGCCUUUGCUUAGCGUCCAAAGCUCGCCAUGUUUACGGUUGCGAAAUUGUCCCCGAAGCCGUUGAAGACGCGAAACGAAACGCUGUGGCCAACAGAAUAGAGAACGCAACCUUUUGGCAGGCCGAUUUAGCACAGCUCUCCGAAUCCAUGCUAUGUGCAGACAGCAAAAGUAUGAGCAAGAGCAUUGUUUUUGGUAAAGAUGUGGUACGUCCAGAUGUAGUGAUUGUAGAUCCUGCGCGCUCUGGGAUGGAUGUAACACUAGUGGCGAUUCUCCGCAGUCUUGGCAUCCCACGUAUAGUGUAUGUGUCAUGCAACCCGGCCACACAGGCUAGAGACGUUGCAUUAUUGUGUGACGUGAGCGACAACACACAAUCCGGAGAUCUGCUUGCAAAGUACCGGCUCAUUUCCUGCAUUCCAGUUGACUUGUUUCCACACACACCUCACGUAGAAAAUAUCGUGGUGUUGGAAAGAGUGCCGAGCACGCGUGGUUACGAAGUAUAUUCUUGACUGAGAACGUCGACGGUUGAUGAGAAUGUCCUGUCAAAACCAAGGAGAAAGGUUAGUGAACUGCAUGGCAGUUUGACACAAGGUUAUCUGCGCACUUAUGCAAUAAAAUCUGCAACAUAAUAUGGCAAUCAGGUACAGGUGAAGUUGUUGUAAUUGAACGGACCUUGUUGAAC